GGGAACCAUGGCGCUUACCUCCCUAAUCUUGCUGCUCUCUGUGUUGAGCAUCACAACUGCCGCCGUGUCCCUAAACCAGGACGGGCUGUUCCUGCAGCGGGUGAAGCUGGGCCUCUCCGACCCCAACGACGUCCUCUCCUCCUGGAACGAGCGCGACCCCACCCCUUGCUCCUCGAACGGCGUCCUCUGCUCCCCAGACGGCGCCCACGUCACCGCCGUCGACCUCUCCAACGCCCUCCUCGCCGGCCCUUUCCCCUCCUUCCUCUGCCGCAUCCAAACUCUCACCUCCCUCUCCCUCUUCAACAACUCCAUCAACUCCUUCCUCUUCUAUCUCCUGUUUCAAUUUGAACAGGAUGCAGUGAUUGCAUGCUGUAACUGUAUUGUGGUGGCUAUAAGUAAACAUAUUUCUUCAUUCACUCAUCCCCUGAUUCAAUUGGGAAAAACUGUGGAAGGUAUUGAGCAUUUGGUUUAGAAAUGUGGGGGCAGAAAUAAAGGAAACAGAUAGGG